GGGAAGGCUCGGGAUAACUGGAUUAUUGUCAGGAUUCGUGUAUGAAGCGGAUACUUGUUAGGGAACGCGCGGGAGUUCUGUGAUUUUAAAAUCGUAACGGACUUCUUCUUCUCUUGAUCUAAAGCCGCGAUGAGCGCGAGCGAGUCUAAGCUGGAGGCGGUGAUUCAGAGGCUGGAGGAGAGUGUUCUGUCCGAGGAGAAGCGGCUGACGGUUCGAGGAUGUUCUCCAGAUGAUCCUGAGGUCAGGUUACCGGCCCGUGUGCGAGAGAUCGUGUCCAGGAACCUGAGCACCAGCGCUGGGGGCAUGUCGUCCGGUCUGUCGCUUCAGGAGGAGAACCGGGUUCUGCAGGUAGAACUGAGUCGUGUGGAGGAUCUUCUGGCUCACAGCCGAGCUGAACGAGAUGAGCUGGCCAUCAAAUACAGCGCCAUCAGCGAGAGACUGGAGCAGGCGCUGCGUCUGGAGACGGGCGAGGACGGAUCUGACUCUCCAGACUCUCGCAGUCUGGCGCAGCAGAACGUAGAUCUCCGCAGACGUCUGGACGAGGAGCAGGCGGCGUAUAAACGCAAGCUCACGGCGUAUCAGGAGGGACAGCAGAGACAAGCGCAGCUCGUUCAGAGACUACAGGCCAAGGUGCUCCAGUACAAGAAGAAGUGUGCGGACCUCGAACAGACGCUGCUGGAGAGAUCCACUGGUCAGUGUGACCGGCGGGACGAGGAUGAGCCGAGCAGUGAGCUGGAGAGCGCCCUCAUCAGGCUGGAGGAGGAACAGCAGAGGAGCAGCGGCCUGUCCGCCGUCAACGCCAUGCUGCGCGAGCAGCUGGAACAGGCCGGACUGGCCAAUGAGGCGCUCAGCAUGGACAUCCGCAGACUCACUGCUGAUUGGACCAAAGCCAGGGAGGAGCUGGAGCAGAGGGAGUCUGAUUGGAGGAGAGAGGAGGAGUCUUUCCACAGUUACUUCAGCAGUGAGCACAGUCGUCUGCUGGCGCUCUGGAGGCAGGUGGUGGGCUUCCGCAGACACGUGUGUGAGCUGAAGAGCGCCACCGAGAGGGAUCUGUGCGAGGUGCGUAACGAGCUGGCGAGCGUGGCUCAGAGCGUGCAGCUGCAGUGUGUGAGCGUGUGCACAGAUCUGCGCAGUCGUGAGGACGGAUCAGUGCUGCUGCUGGAGAGAGAGAGCGGUCAGCGUGUGCAGCUGGAGCAGCAGCUCAGAGAGACACUGACCGACAUGAUCACGCUGCAGACCAAGAGCGACUCGGAGAGAGCCGAGCUCAACACACGGCUUGUGGAAGCCGUGAGAGAGCUGGAGCGUCUCAAAGCUCGUGUGGAGGACAGAGAACAGGAAGUCACAACACUCAACAGGAAACUACAGGAUCAGAAGAGUCUUGAGGACACUGAAGUUCAUUCACUGAAGAAACACACUGCAGCACUGCAGAACACACUCCGAGACAUCACACAGCUGGUGUUCUCAGACAGUGGUGGUGUGGACGGAAACACUGAAGAGUCUCUGCUGCCGCUGCUGCGCUCUUCAUCAUCAUCAUCCAUCAUCCCUGACAGCUGUCUGUCCGCACUGCACUCCACUCUGACCAGCAGACAGAUCCAGCUACAGGAGCUGCGUGAGCGUCUGCAGUCUGCGCAGUCUUCAGUGCAGCAGCUGCGCAGACAGCAGGGGGAGGCGGAGUCAGGCCGGCGGGAGGCGGAGCUCCGCGCGCAGACGCUGCAGGGCGAGAGAGAUGAAGCUCAGAGAGAGAGAGAGAGUGCUGUGAGAGAGAGAGACCGACUGAGACAGGAGAGAGACGCACUGAGAAGCGAGAAGGAUGCGAUGGAUAAGGCUGCGCAGGCGACGCAGACGCAGGUGCAGCUGCUGCAGCUGGAGUGUGACAGACUGCAGCUGGCCGUCACAUCUGCGCAGAGAGAGCUCGAACACGAGCGAGAGGAGAGAGACACCGCCGCGCUGGAGCGAGACCGAGCCCGAGCCGAGACAGACAGAACUCAGCAGCUGUGGGAGGAGUCUGAGCGCCGUGCGUCUUCACUGCGUGCUGAACUGGCGGCGCUGAGGGAGUCUCUCCAGCAGGGGGCGAGCGACAGACAGCUGAUAGAGACCGAGAACAGACAGCUGAGCGACGCACUCAACAGGAGCGGGAGCAGUCAAGCAGAACUCUCUCUAGUGCUCACCAAGCUUCACUCAGAGGAGUCUUCACUCAGAGAUUCUCUCGCUAAGAUGAGCAGCAUUAAUGAGAGUCUGGCGCAGGACAAAUCUGACCUCAACAGCCUCAUCGUACAGCUGGAAGAGGAAAAGAAUGCAUUACUGUCUCAGAGAAGAGAAGCAGAACAAGAGAAGCUGACCAUCAGAGAUGAGCUGGUCCGCUCCGAGCAGGACCGACUGGAGCUGGACUCCCUUCGUCUCACUCUCCACCAAUCACUGCAGGAGUCUGAGCUGGCCAGGGCGGGGCUGGAGGCGGAGCUUCAGUCACUGCAGGCAGACCGAGCCAAACUCCAGGACAGAAUCACACAGCUGAUUGCAGAGGUGGGUGGUUUGGAGGCGGAGCUUGGUUCUGUCCGUGGUGAAGAAGACAGGCAGAGCACCACUCUCGAGGAGGCGGUGCGUGGGAGGGCGGAGCUUGUGCGAGAGAGGGCUGGGCUUCUGGUUCAGCUGACGGCAUCAGAGAGAGAGAAUGCCGCCCUGACGGAGGAGCUAGCUUCCUUCAGGACUGAGCGGGAGAGUCUGGAGACGAGUCUGUUUGAGCUCCAGCAGCAGAUAAAUCACAUUGAGUCUCGGCGUGAUCAGCUGGAGUCAGAGAACCAGAACCUGAGACUGCGCACUGACAGUAUGACAGCGGAGCUGAAGCGAUUGCGCACUGAAAGAGAGAUGGUUCUGUCCCAAUGCGAGAAAGAGAAAGACAUGCUAAGAGACGCACUCACGGCCGCUCAACAGGAGGCGCAGCGAGCUCUGCGUACAGCCCUAACUGACCACCAGGAGGAGCUGGAGAGGCUGACCAGUCAGAAGGAGGCGCUGCGCUGCAGUCUGGAGGCCGAGCAGGAGGCGGCGCUGCGGAGCGUCCGUGAACACCUGGAGGAGCAGAUGAUCCGGCAGGAGAGAGAAAGAGAUGAGCUACAGGAGCAGCUGCGAUCCCUCCAGCGCGACAGAGACCAGAGUCUGCUACAGGCCGAGACGGAGAAACAGCAGGCGCUGUCCGUGAAGGAGGCGGAGAAGGCAGUUCUGUCGGAGAAGGUGAGUGCCCUACAGGCGGAGCUGAGCACUGCAUCGCUGGAGCUGGAGAGACUGACCCGAGAGACAGUGCUGCUCAGAGACCAGGAGCGGAAUGCCGUUGGGGCUCUAAACGCAGAACUGCAGGAGCUGCGCAGUCAGCUGCAGGACGCAGACGGUGCACACAGACGUGAGCUGCGCAGACUGCAGGAGACCUGCGCCGAGCAUCAGACGCAGGCAGAUACAGCGCUCAGAGAGCUGGAGGAGUGUCGCGCGCUGCUGUCGUCCUGCGAGGAGAGCCGUGACAGUGCCAGACGAGAGCUGCUGGACACGGAGAAGCGUCUGUGCCAGAUACGGGACGUGGGGGAGGGGCACAGGCGAGAGGGGGCGGAGCUACGGCACUCCCUCAGUGAUGUCACUAAGGAGAGGGACACUCUCAGCCAAUCAAACGUGCAGCUGAGGGAAGCGCUGAGAGCAUCAGAGAGCGAGAGAAUCAGCGUGAAGCGCGUGUGUGAGGAGAGGGAGCAGAGAGUGUGUCUGCUGGAGGAGAGUCUGGCGUCUGCGCAGAAGGAGGUGUCUGAUCUGCGCAGCUGUCUGCGUGAGGUGGAGAGGUCCAGACUGGAGGCGCGCAGGGAGCUGCAGGAGCUGCGCAGACAGGUCAAGCUCCUGGACGUGGAGCGUGAGCAGAAGAGCAAGCAGCUGGCCGAACUGCAGACGCGUCUGUCACUGGAGGAGCACAAAGACGAGGAGCGAGCCAAAGAACUGAUCUCCCUCAAACAGAGACUCGCAGACUCCGAGACUAGCAGAAACUCUCUUCAGAAAGAGCUGUGUUCUCUGCAGCGGCGUCUGAGCGAGAGUGAGUCGUGUUGGCGCAGUCGCGAGCGAGAGUUAGCGUCGCAGCUGCAGGAGGCGCGCGGCUGUGAGAAGAAGCUUCAGGAUGAGGCUCGUAACCUCUCGGUGCGCGCUCAGUCGGCCUGCGAGGCGUCUGCGCAGACGCAGCUGGAGCUGAGCGAGGCACAGGGCCGUCUGGCUGCGACGGAGGCGGAGCUGUCUCGAGCGGAGGCGGCCCGCAGGGAUCUGGAGUUCAGGCUGUGCAGUCUCCAGUCGGCGCUCACACGGACGCUGGGCAUCGGGGCCAGUGGGCGGAGCAGCAGCAGGGGGCGGAGCCCGACAGGCUCCUCCCCCUCCUCGCUCACCUCAGGGAUGAUGUCUCGCCACAGGAGUGUGUCUCCGCUGCACUGCUCGCUCUCACCAGCCAAAGACGUGGCAGGUAGCGUGACUCCUGAUAACACCACGAUGCUGCGGCCGUUGUCUCCAGAGAGGACAGACGCCCCGCUGCCCGUCGCCCUGAAGGAGCUGGACCCAGAAACCCUGCGCAGCGGCCUCAGAGACUUCCUGCAGGAGCUGCGCGAGGCUCAGAGAGAACGAGACGAGGCGCGGGGUCAGCUGGGGUCACUGCAGCGGGAACUAGAGGAAGUGGCGGGAGAGAGAGACUCCGCCCACCAGCGCCUCACUCAGCUACACAGCACACUACAGGAGUGCCAACAGGAUAAGCGUGCGGUGGAUGAGAAGCUGUCUGCGUCUCGAGCUGUGCUGCAGCAGCAGGAAGAGUCCCUGCGGAGAGCAGAGCGAGACCAACGAGCGCUCCACGAGCGAAUCAAAGAGCUGGAGAGACUCUCGCUGAACACCGAGACUGAGCGCAAGCGUGUGGAGGAGCAGUGCAGCAGGAUGCGUGCCGGCGAGGCGCGGCUGGAGGCGGAGCGUCGGCGGCUGCGUGAGGCUCUGGAGGCGGCCGAGGGGCGGGGCACACGGGUGGAGCUGAGGAGGCGGAGUCUGGAGGGAGAGCUGCACAGACUGAGACUGAGUCUCGCUGAGAGAGAGAUGGAGCUCCAGACGGCUCACGACCGACACGACAGCGCCAUCAAACAGGUGACGGAGGGAGAGGCUCGUCUCGCGUCUCUUCAGCGUGAGGUGGAGCGGCUGACGGCGGUGCUGUCUAAAGCUCAGGAUGGAGAGAGCGUUCACAAAGAGCGAGUGCUUGCUCUCUCCCAGAGCCUGCAGGAAGCCACCGCCGCCCACAGCGCCACCCAGGGGCGGCUCAGCACACUGCAGAAGACACUGGGACAGGCCGAGACCGAGCGCAGACAGCUGCAGGAGCGUGUGGAUGGACUCAGAGCGUCCGUGUCGGACGGGAAGCGUAAUAUCUCCGUGCUCACAGAGCGAGUGCAGACGCUGCAGUCAGAGCUGACCCAGAGUCAGCUGCACAGAUCUGAGCUGGAGACGGAGCUGCACAACACACAGGAGGCUCUGCGACAGAAGUCCGACAGUCUGACCGAAGCCCAGCGCAGUCUACAGUCUGCGCAGACAGACAGAGCGUCUGCAGAGGAGCGUCUGCGCAGCCUUCAAAGAGCCGUGGCCUUACUGGAGACAGAGAAGAGGGAUGCAGAGAGACAGGCCGUCCGCCUGGAGAAGGACAAGGCUGCGCUGAGAAACACACUGGAUAAGGUGGAGCGUCAGAAGCUGAAGACAGAGGAGAGCAGCAUGCGUCUGUGUGUGGAGAAGGGUCGGCUGGAUCGCUCGCUCAACACCGUGGAACAGGAGCUGCAGGACGCACAGAGACAGAUCGUGCUGCUGCAGGCUCAGCUGGAGGAGCUGGAGCAGAGUCACAGCGGCAGCGAGGACGUCCAGCGGGAGGCGGAGCGGCUCAGGGUCAGUCAGAGGGAGGCGGAGCGGACGCUAGCGGCCCGAGAGAGAGCACACCGGCAGCGGGUCAGGGGUCUGGAGGAGCAGGUGUCCACACUGAAGGAGCAGCUCCAGCAGGAGAUCCGCCGCAGGACGCCCGCGCUCACAGCCAGCUGAUACACACACACACACACACACACACACACUCCCGCGCUCACAGCCAGCUGAUACACACACA